GGAAAAAGAGAGGAGGAUUCGACUGGCGCCUUUCUGUAGCGACAUUUAACUGAGGUUUUAUGGAGCCCGACGGACAGGGGGAUGAAGAUCUCUGCAGUGCUCACGGUUUUCCUGACUAGUGUUCUCUUCGGAGAUGUUUGCAGAGCCAUCAACGUCACAGUCACUCCAUCUCCGUUCACGGUGGCAGCCGAGGGGGAGAACGUCACGCUUUCAUGUCAGGUGACCCAGCGGCACAAGACAGACAGCCUUCCCGUGGUGCGCUGGAUGUUCCAGCCAACGUUGGGAGGUGACGAACAACUCGUGGCCAAAGUAAACAUGAGGAAGGCCAAGUUCUACGGAAACUACACCAAGAGCUUUCCCAAGCCUAAGAUGAAGCUGACAGUGGUGAAACAAGGGAAGAUCUACAACCUUCUGAUCAUCAACAUCACUAGUGAUGACAGAGGUCUCUACAGCUGCAGAGUUCAGGAGUUUAAGAAGCAUCGGGAUCGAUGGAAAGCAUCCACCAACUCCUCAGCUGCUACAGAACUCAAAGUGCACGUCCUCCCAGCCAGCAGUGCCAAGGAGGGACUGUGGAGUCUGUUUGAAGAUGUGUAUCUGUGUGCGGUGCUGAUCUGUAGUGUGGGGCUGCUGUGCAUGUGUAUGUUCACUGUGGCCGUGAGCUGUCAGUAUCUGCAGAGGAAGAGGCAUUUAAAAGAAAAUUAUCAUUUGGUCAAGAGCCCUCAGAACAGUUCUGGGGAGACGGUCACUAGUGUGGUCAGCCUAUCUCCAGCUCUACCCAAAAAGCAGAGGAAGUACAAGACAAGGAAAACAGUAGAACAGGUGGACGUGCCACCAGAGAUCCCUGCUAAAGCUCCCAUUGCAGACAAACUACGAAAGCCAAAACUUUUAAAGCCUCAGCCGAGAAAGAUCAUUUUGCCAAAGAUCGCCGAGGAGAAUCUGACAUAUGCAGAGCUUGAACUGGUGAAGCCAUUACCGGACUCCAAAACGUCAAAAACAGGAACUGUGUAUGCCCAAAUACUUUUUGAGGGCAAAACAGUGUAGGACUAAGCCAGGGCUUAAUUUGUACCAAAUCUAGAUCUAGCAUGUCCCAGACCAGGUCCAGAACUUAUCUUCAUACCUAUGGUGAGAGAUACCUGCAGAGAUCUGUGGAGAAAAAGGUGAAUAUUUUCUACAAACAACUUGACAUGCCACUGCUGUUAGAACAAAACCUCGUAUCUCCAAAACGGUAACUUUACAGGAGAAAGAAAAUACCUACUCUACUUUUAAUGAAAGUCAAUGGAACCAGACGUCUUUCCUAGUCAUUUUGGGCUGUUUCAUUUGGUCCAUUCAUCAUGAAAUUUAAACAAAACGUAAAGGGCAAGAGACAUUUUCAGAUUGAGCCAAAAAUGGAAAAUUGACAAAAAUGGAGAUACAAGGUUUUGUUCCAACAACAGUGAUAUGCUCUAGAGCAUGACAACGUAGCAGGUAACUAAACAGCAGUGAGCUACUUGGUGUGCCAUGGUUCAAUUGCAGCUCCUGUUCAUUUACAUGACAAUAGAAACUGUAAUAAAAACAAUACAGAUGCUGUUUAUGCACCACUACUGCCAUUCAUCCCUUAGAAGAGAUGAGAAACUAGUGAGUCAGUUUAUUAACUACUCAUUAAAAACUGUUUGUUUAGUUUUGGGAAACCCACAUCUGAGAGAAGGUUCGAUGCUUAAGAGCCUCGUUUAAGAGCCUCACUCGUUAGUGAGCCAAUGUAAUGGGAAAAUCUCAAGCUGUGUGCCUAAUCAUGUUUUGUUUGGGAACCUCCCCUGACCCCACUGUACUUUGUGUUCGGGGAUCUCAAUGUUUACAAAUGAAGCCCUGGACUGUCCCAUUUCACUGAGGAAAUUAGUUAUUUAUAAUACACAAUAUUCAUUUCAAUGUCUGUUAUGUUUUUCUAGCCACAUACACAGUAUUGUAUGCUUAGCUUUUGUUUUGUACAUAGCUUUUUGUGACACAUUCCAUGUACAGUACAGGCUCCUCUGUGUUAUGUCUGACAGCGAAUUGUAGCUUAUGGCAUUACAUAAACAGCCAUCUUUAGCCAUCCCCUCCCAGAAGACUAGUCCUGUUAUCAGAGCAGCCCUCUCAUCUGCAAGCCAACAUCAACUCCCUUCUCCAGCCAUGCCCAAAUUAGGGAGCCAAGGUAGACUUUAAUUGCUGGUUGUGGUUGAGCAAAUGUUGUGAAAUCGUCUGCUUUAAUUGGUCGUACUUUUCUAAUCUCUCCACUACAUGUAAAGCCAGUGUAUGAUCUGAAAAUAAUGACUUCCAUAACUGUAUGCAUCAGCAUUUAGAGAUCUAAACUUGAAUACUCAGAAAACAACAUUUGCCAUUCCUUAGAUGUGAGUGUGGAGUUACUUAGUGGUGUUGUUUUUUCUUCCCUUUAAUAGCUCCUUGGAUUUAACCAUGGAAAAGCUAAGCAACAAAGAGCUUUUCGCUCCUCUCAGAAAAAGGCCGCUCAUUCCGCACAGGCAGGAACCGUUUUCCACUUUAUCAGCAAAAGGUGGAAAAACUCUCUGUAUUUACUCAUAUCGCACAUUACUAUAUAGUGUAUAGGUCACUAUUAACCUGCUUUACGUUCAGAAGAAGGUUAUCAGAAACCUCCAGCACAGGAAAGUUCCUUAACUGUGAAAAUGAGAAGCUCCUCCAAAACCACACCGAGCAUGAAGGGGAGGCCAAUGCAUGCACCACUAAUAAGCACCAGCUGUGAGUUCAGCUCGAACAGACCAUCCUCAGCUCACAUAGUGAGUGCACUCACAUUUCACGCUUAGUUUUUUGGGGAGACUGCAAAUAGUGAGUGUGUUGGAGAAUGUUUAUGAAUGACACUAUGUAUGUGCCUUGUUUAUAAUGUUUUGGUUUGUAUUGUCUGUGAAUGUGGGAAGUAAAUAAAGAAAAAUUACUGUG